UGUGAUUACUUUGUUCAUGUGGCUUGUGCAAUGGACAGAGAUAUUUUCAUCCAAGAGUAUGAGGAGACAGAUGAAAAUCAAAAUCUCAAUCAAAUAAAAUUAGGGUGGUUAUCUGGCGAGCCUUCUAUUACUCGUGUUCUCAAGGAAAAGAAAAUUGGAGAGGAAGUAAUAGCCGUAGAGAUUGAACACUUCAACCAUCCAUGCAAAUUAAUACUUUGUGAUGAUGUAGAAGAUGAAAAAUGUUGUGAUGGUUGCGGGCGGUCCAUCUCAACUUCAUUUUACUAUUGUGUUGAAUGCAAUUACAUCCUUCACAAGCGAUGUGCUGAGUUACCAAGAAAGACACGGCAUUGGGCUUUCAAGGAGACUUUUACCCUUAAGCCUUACACAUGGUUCCAAUGUUACUUCUGUUGUUUUCACUGCAGUGGGUUAAGCUACGAAAAAGAUGCAGUUGUGUCGCUUUGCUGCAUUUCAUGUUUUGUAAUCCCCGACAGCCUUACCACUAAAGGACAUAGGCACUGGGUCUUCUUUGAUCACAGAUUUACUUUCAAAUGCAAUAUUUGUGAUGAUGGUCAUCAGAAAAAAGGGGCCUUUGUAUGCAGACUCAAGGAAUGUGAUCAUUUCACCUUGGAUUAUACACGUCUUACGCUGCCAAAUACAGCCUGGUGCAAGAAUGAUGAACAUCCUUUGGUACUCACUUACCGCGAUGAUAUUCAUCCUCAUUUGGAUCAAUGUGUCUGUGAUAUAUGUGAAGAAUCAAGAGAUCCAAAUGAGAGGUUUUAUUAUUGUGGAAUCUGUGAUUAUGCUGCUCAUUUCUUAUGUGUUCUUAGCAAGUACCCAUUCAUGAAGCUCGGAUUGACUUACGAGUAUGAAUUUCAUGAGCACCCUCUCACUCUUGGGAAGAAGGAUUAUUACCAUGAUUAUCUUAAAUGUAGUGUUUGUGACAAGUAUUGUAAAGAGGUAUUCCUCGAAUGUACACAACCAGGAUGCAAGUAUGUUAUUGACUGGGAAUGUAGAUUACGUAUUUGGCGCAGUAAGGGGAUAUAAGAAUGUUAGAAGAACACAUCUGCAGGUAACCAAAAUGUCCAUGAUUCAUGUUCUUCAUUUGUUUUUUAGUUUCUUUUUCUUUUGAGUUGCAUUGUACCACAAAUUGAAAAUGUUGUUUGUUGAAUACGAGUUUGUGAUACAAUAACCAAGCAUUGAUUGC